CGGCUACCGCAGUAGCGCUGAGCCUUUCCCACUGGAUACUGUGCGGUGCAGGUGGGUGCCAGGCAGCGGCUCCUUCUCAACUUCGACCCGGCCUUACCGUCUCCUGGACAAUGGAGGCGCAGCAGGCACAAGGUCUGCUGGAAACGCAGCCAUUGCACGAGACAGAUGAAGAAGUGGUCACUGAUAUUGAUUUCACAAGCAUGAUUUCUGAAGAAGAGAGAGAAGAAUUAAAGAUUGAGCUAGCCAAGCUAGAGGAUGAAAUUUCAACUUUACGGCAAGUGUUAGCAGCCAAAGAAAAGCACCUGGCAGAAAUAAAACAAAAGCUUGGUAUCAACCUGAUGAAUGAGCUGAAACAGAACUUUAGCAAAAGCUGGCACGACAUGCAGACGACUUCUGCUUACAAGAAAACACAUGAAACUCUGAGCCAUGCAGGACAGAAGGCAACAGCAGCUAUCAGCAAUGUAGGAACAGCCAUUGGCAAGAAAUUUGGAGAUAUGAGGAAUUCUCCAACUUUCAAAUCGUUUGAAGAGAAGGUUGAGACCACUGUCACAAGCCUGAAGAGCUAUAUUCAUCAACCUUCAGCCUUGAGAAGAACUGACAAUGUUCGUUGGGUGAGUGCCAGUGUCUGUUAUGACACUCAGACGAAGGUUGGAGGGACAAGCCACAGUGGGGGGAGUUUUGAAGAAGUUCUCAGUUCUACUGCCCACGCCAGUGCUCAGGGCUCUAUCACAGGCACUCCGCUUCCUGAGAACGAGGAGGAACUUCAGUGUUAGACUGUAGCCCCUACUGGCCAUCUGUAUCCGACCUGGUGAGACUUAAUGUUUUCUAUGCUUUCUUUCCACAUCCAGCUUGAGACACGUGGCUUUGUAACCUCUUGAAAAUGGCCUCACCCAUGUGAUACUGUAGUCAUUCUUCCAAAUGUAUUGGUAUUUUUACUAGGCCAUUUUUACCAUUAAGCAUUUUUAUACUCCAUAGAAAUUGCGCACACCAUCAUUUCUUAAUGUUCCAAUUUCUAUAAUGUAACCAAACAGUUCUUGCUUUAUGGUAUUUUCCCUCCAAUUCACUCCGCACCUCUGGUCCAGUUGGUAAUUUCUUUGUUUUUUAUUUAUUUAAAGGACUAAAUGGGUUUUUAGUAUGCAUGUUUCCACCGAUUAUGUAACCCCUCUGUGCCACAGCAGACAGAUGGGUCUAGGACUGUGCAAGGAUUUCCGUUGCCAGCAAUAGUCUGUACACCAGCUGUCCACCAAAUUAUACUAGUGCCCUUUACCGGGCAUACAGACAUGACCUGAGCUGCUUAAGGAGUCAAACAGAAUCAUUUGUUGUUACACUGAUGUCUCUCUUUCUUUUUCACUUCCACAGCCUGUCUUUGAAUUUCCUCCCCUAAAGAGGAGCCCAAUUGUUCAGAUGCAAACUAAGUUGAUCAGUUACUGCAGUGGUCUCCAAAGUGGGGGUGCGCAGCAGGAGGAGCGCACUUUUUUUUUUGCUUUGCUUCGGCAGGGGGUGCGCGAUCAAAAAAGUUUGGAGACCACUGAGUUACUGUCCCACAGCAGGAAACACUACAGUUGAAAAACAUGUUCUGUUUGAUACUGGGACCCAAUUUCAGUAUUAAACCAACAAACACAAACUGUACCUGUUUGCCUCCAUACCAUCUCCUUAGAAAGAAGGUCAGAUUAAUAUGACUGAAUAGUGUGAGCCUCAUUAGAGUUAGAACCUUCAGAGAAUCUGUAUACAACAACUUAAUAAAGAUGUGCCAUGCCUUUAGUUUACACUCCAGAGCUAGUACUUAGUAUAAACCUUAUAUUUUAUGGUAUACUGGCUGAGUAUGUGCUUCAGACUGGAUCAAACUGUCCUGCUUUAUUGCACUUCAGGGCAUAAUUCAAUCUUCAAGAAGCCAGAAUCAUCUCUUAGCUUAGAUGCAGCAUGAUUUGUUGCAUCACUUUAAGAGAAGGAACAGUAAGGUUAUUAUAGUGCAGCCAGCCAUUGGUGGCAGUAAAAGCCUAUCACGUAUAAACAUGAAUGUGGGGGGGAGAGAGAGAGGAAUGUAGCCUGCUUUUAAAAUAGGCCUGUUCAAUUAUCAUACUGCAAAGCUUCAAAUCAACUUUAGCCAUUCUGUAUCCAAGGUUUUGCUAAAAGCUUGUCAGGAAAAUCCUGUAUCAAAGUGGUUUUACAGGGGUUCUGUUUUUGUUUUUAACGUCUUACACUUAAUUCUCCCAUGUGACAAGUUGAUUCUGAACACCUCUCAAAUGUUUCUUUAAUGUGAUUUAUUUUAAUGUUACACAGAAAGCAAAUUAAUUUUUUUGUGACAAUUUGCAAGUUUCUGUUGCAGCAUUGUGCAUAAACAUUCAUUUUAUUUUUAAAAACAAUUACAUAGUUUGUGUAAAUGAAGUUAGUGAUUUUUAUUAAAAUGAGGUUUUUAAAAUGAG